UGAGAGAAACAGCUUAAGACUGAGAACAGUCGGGAGCACACGGUGAGAGCAGCCACAGUGGAAACAAAGAACUUCAGACUUGAGACUUGACACAUCCAUCAGCAUUAAGCAGAGAUGACCUCACUUUGCAGGAACCUGGUGGCACUUCUCUUUUUUGUCUUGCCUCCCAUGCAUUCCCAUUUCUUCACCAAUGCUGCGUCUGCUUCCCCACCCAUCACCCAUCCACAGAUCAUACGCGUGCCUGACAUGGGCUCAGAAGGCCAGGAUGAUUAUGACCUUAUUGAAUACGACACCACCACAGCUCCUACUAGGGUGGUGAACGUCCCAAAGAUACACCAGAAAAAACAGCUCUGCGAGUACGACCCCUGCUCGGAGAACCAGGUUCCCUGUGUUACACUUUCAGAGCAAACUGGGUGCCUCUGCCCUGGGAUGAGUGGAGCUAAUGUGCGUCCUCACUCACCACGUAUCCGAGCGCUGGUUCCAGUCAGUGAGGGGAGUGACAGAGGGAAAAUACAGGUGCAGUGGUGUGCUCCAUCUUCAGUGGUAUCUGAGUACAGAAUAGUCAUCGAGGGAAGGGACAGUGAAGUCCCAAAGUUUGGGGAUGCGUCACGGCGGGGUUUGGUCAGAUCUUUGGAAGUGGGAACUAAAGUGUGUGUGUUGGCAGUGAACAAAGCAGGAAGCAGCGAUCCUUCAGAGUUUUCAUGUAAGCGGUAUGAAUUUCUUGAAUCUUCUGACCACACACUGAUGGCCUGGAUCAUAGGAGGAGGAGUCGCUCUCCUUUUACUGGUUGUAAUAGCAGCUCUGAUCUGUGGGAAGUAUAAGAAGUUUCGAAAGGGAAAGAGAGACUCUACUGAUGGACUUACUAAAGUACACGUGGAACACUGUGAUCUGGACAAAUGCAGUUCUGUAGUGGUGUAAUCAGUGACUGUAGAAUUUAAACAUUAUUUAAACUCCUUCUUUAAGGAAUGUGUAAAUAUGAGUGAAUAUGACUGUAAAGUUGAGGAAUAAUGUUAACAAAUCAUUUAUUAUGCUCUUUUGCAGCCACCACAGUUUUAUUUGCUGGCAAAUUAACCUCUGUAGAUCUGUGAUAUUUUUUUAAUCUAUCAAAGACAGAAUGUAAA